AUGGCGGCUGUGGAUUUCAGAGGUAAGUGAAUCGAUGUUUCUUUAUAUUUUAGAAAACUUAUGCCUCGAUUUUACACCACAGUUUACGUUUAUUUUGACGGGGGGACAGUUUAGGUGCCAUUUUGUGAAGUUCGAGUGUCUGUUCCAUUGAAGUAUCGAGUCAUUGUCGGUAAAAGCUAACGUUAGCAACAAUUAGCAAUACAAUAAUUAAAUCCAAUAUAAAAACUAAAGUAGUUUAAACAACAAAGGAAAUAACCGGGAGUCGAGAACAUAAAAUAAACAGAGAUGUUAGUGUUUUUCUCAGUAAAUCUGCUCGUCUACAUUUCAUGAUAGUCCACAGCAGUGGUUUAACGCGAUAUUUAUGGAUGUUCGAUAUUUUCUGUACACGGAGCUUCAGUAGUUGCCAUCCUCAUGUUUUCCCUUUCAUGUACUCUGAAUCUCACCCUACUCAAUAAAACAAGUGGAUUCAUGUUCAAGAUCAGAGUCAUUUUGUUUAUUGUUACAUAAAGAACAAAUUUGCUUGGUUUGAAUUCUAUAAAAGUAGGUCAUGAGAAAAUGUGGGUGAGACCAGUUAAGAACCACUGCUCUCCAGAAUCCUCAUUGAAGGUAUUUCCUGUUAAACUUUAAUCUCAGCUGAAUCCUGUAAUCCGUGGUGAUUAUUUUCAUAAUAGGAAAACCCAAAUGUCUCCUUUAUUAAAUGUAGCCCUAAUCUAAUACGAUAACUUUCUCCUUCAACCUCCAGACAACCUUCUGGGGAUCUCCUGGGUGGACAGCGGCUGGGUCCCGAUCCUCAACCCUGGAAAUGUUCUGGAUUAUUUCUCUGAGAGGAGCAACCCUUUCUACGAUCGAACCUGUAACAACGAGGUGGUGAAGAUGCAGCGGCUCAGUCUGGAGCAUCUGAAGUAAGUUUCUCUGAGAGAUCGCAGUCUGGGGUUAGUUAGAAGAGAGCCGCACGAAAAUGGAAAUAGAUUUGGAAAUAUACCAUCAGAAUACUAUUCAUGCAGGCUGGUUGGUUCGCCAGAAAAAUAGCAUUUGCAUGUCCAAAAGUAAACUGUUUCUGUCUGAUUUGCAGUCAGAUGGUUGGAGUGGAGUAUAUUCUUCUUCAUGCCCAGGAGCCGAUUCUUUAUAUAAUCCGUAAACAGCAGAGACAGUCGCCAACACAAGGUGAGUAUCGCCUCUCAGGGAUGGUGUUCUUCUGUUUGAUACAGACUGGUCUACAAGCAGGAGUAUCAUUUCAAACCUUAACUUGUCUGGCCCCAUCAUACCUCUCUGAGCUGCUUCACCCCUACGCGCCUCAGGUCAGCAGGUCAGCUGACCAGCUGCUCCUGCAGGUACCGAGGUCUCAGAGGAGACAGAGCUUUUUCUGUUGCUGCUCCUACAUUGUGGCAUGACCUCCCUCUCCACAUUAGACACACUCCCUCACUGUCCAUUUUUAAAAUCCGUCUAAAAACCCACUUAUACACCUGAGGCUGUAUGUGAGUGUUAAAUGUCGUCUUUCCCUGCAGAAAUCCCUUUGGCUGAUUACUAUAUCAUAGCAGGAGUGGUGUAUCAGGCCCCUGACUUAGGAACGGUCAUCAGCUCCAGAGCGGUGAGAUGUGUCUUUGGACUGUGUGGAUUAAAAAACCUGUUAAUGGGAGUUUAAAUGUGUAAACUAAUGAGGAAUUUUACGUGUGUUUCAGCUCUCUGCUGUCCAUGGAAUCCAGUCUGCUUUUGACGAGGCCAUGUCUUACUGCCGCUAUCACCCGUCCAAAGGAUACUGGUGGCACUUCAAGGACCAGGAGGAGAGGGGUGAGGUUUCAGGAACUAGUUUAGAUCUUUGAUUCUGAUAUUUUAGUCCUGACAAGGAACCUUGAAAGAAAACAAGCAAUAGAUUCACAAUUAAAACCAGGCAUUACUGUCUCCCCACAGUCAUGUAAGUGUAGGAACCUUUAGGUUGGAGCUAACUAGGAACAUUUCUGAUCGAUUGAGAUCGUGAAACACGUUAUUUCAGCUUUGUCGUCAUCUGUAAGUCAUAAACGAGUGUUUCUUGCAUCUUUGCUCUGAUUUCCUCAGUUUUGACAUUAUGAAAAAAAAGAAGCCUGAAUUAUGAAGCUAUUUUUGGAUGCAGUGUGUGAACAGAAAGGUGCAGUGAUGAUGUGACUCCGUUCCUGAGUUGUAGUGUGAAAUCGGCUGAUGUCGUUCUUCAGCUUUAUCGUUCCUCAAAGGCAGAAACACAGAUAUCAUAAAUGAUACUCUCAAUUAGAAAUGGACUUCUUAAUCAUUAAAGAUGGUUAAUUUUGGCAUUUUGAAACAAUCAGCUGCAUGUGAGUUUGUUAGUCACAUGGCAGAUGUCACUAUCAUCUUUUCUGAAUGAUAACAAAUGUUAAAUAUGACUCUCUUACAAUCCUAAAAUUAUGCCUAUAAAAUAGAAAAAAACAAAGUUAAAAUGACUUUAGCAGAACUUUAUUAGACGGCUCGCUCAUCUUCUUUCCCGCAGAGAAAGCCAAACCGAAGACUAAAAAGAAAGAAGAACCAAGUUCGCUGUUUCAGAGGCACCGAGUCGACACGCUUCUUCUCGACCUCAGGUCCAAAUUCCCUCCAACGUUUUAUCAGGUACAUGAGACACUAAACAGUGAGGUUGUUCAGUGUUUAGUCGUAUCAGUCGUUUUAUUUCUAUUCCUUUGUGAUAAGACAUGAUUUGUAUAUUAAUGAUUUUUGUAACUCUUUAAUUUCAGCCCAAGCCUGGUGAGAAGCCUAUUCCAGGUAAGGAUUUAAAAAUAAUGACAUUAUGUUCUUUCAAUCAUGUAACAGAUGUGUCUGUCGAUCUGUGGGAAUCAGUGGAAAGAUUGAAAAUCAGGAAGUUCACUUGAUUUUCAGAGUUUGAAGAGUUGAAGAGUUAUGUGAGGACAGCUGUAUAGUCAUGAUGGUGUUAAAGUUGCUGUAUAAAGAGACGUACCUAUUCUGAGUCUGAAUCUCUUCACCUGUCCUGAACUUGAGGGCGAUGAAUCCUAUUUUUAACUGUCUCUGUGGAGUCAUAUAUCUAAAAAUGUUCCUGUGAGACUUACCUACAGUUGAUCGCAUCUCAAGCACCAGGGCUAAUAGACUCUCAAAACUACAUGCUGCACACUAGUCCAUGAAGUCCCUGAGGUCGUAAUAUUUAGGCUUUUGAUUGGAGAUAAAUGUCAUAGACUCUCUCUGUACGGUGCUGAAUUAUCUGUGUAAAGUAAUGUUUAAAUCUGUCCGGGGUUUUUAAAGUUUCAGAGAUUCAGUCCACAGAACCCACAAUCUAACAUGCAGUUAUCGUUUGUGUUUCAGUCGAGGUGAAGAAAGAGCCCGAACCUCCGACAGAAGCUGUAAAACAAGAGGAAAGAGAACCGGCUGCGAAGUCCUCCGCCCCGGCUCCACCGAGCAAACCGCCGCCGGAGAAGAGAGCGAGGCUGCAGUGA